CAAGGCGAAAUUGUUGCUGCCCGUUUUGGCUGCCGCCACGGUGGACGGAUUGAACAAUUGACAGCCUGCACGCAGCAUAUUCUCCAAGACAGAAUCGCAUGGAAUAGAAAAUAGCUGGCGACAUGGACAAGCCCCAGUUAAUCGAACAUUUACACGAAUCCGUGAACUACACGGUGUACGAUACAAAAUGGAUACCGCUAUCGGCUAAAUUUGUGGUGCUUGGCUGCAAGCCGAAUAGCCAUGGAAUCAUGGACAUCUACGAGCUUAACGAGCAAAAGCUGGAGAAGGUCAAGACGGUGGAGAAGAAGGCGGCCUUCAAGUGUGGCACCUUUGGCGCCUCCUCCCUGCGCAAUCGACACAUGGCCAUUGGUGACUUUGAGGGACGACUGCAGGUGCUCGAUCUGGAGCAUCCGGAGCUGGCAGUGUACAACGUGAAGGCGCACACCGGCAUUAUAAACUGCAUCGAUGCUAUUGGCGGCACGCAGCUGGAAUGUGGAGCACCCGAAAUCGUGACUGGAAGUCGCGAUGGCGCUAUCAAAGUAUGGGACAUACGCCAGGGUCAGGCACCCGUUGUAGACAUAUCGCCGCCCUCGCAGAUGGGCGAUGGUAUAAACAGGAGCAAUUUACGGCGCGACUGCUGGGCUGUGGCAUUUGGGAACACCUACAACGAGGAGGAGCGUAUAAUUGCCGCUGGAUACGAUAAUGGGGAUCUAAAGCUGUUCGAUCUGCGUGCGAUGGCUGUGCGCUGGGAGGCAACCAUUAAAAAUGGCAUCUGCGGCCUGGAGUUUGAUCGUCGCGAUAUUCCAAUGAACAAGCUGGCGGUGACUACACUGGAGGGUGGUUUGCUGGUCUACGAUAUGCGCACACAGCACCCGACCAAGGGCUUUAGUUGCGUGGAGGAGCGCAAUGCGGGCCGCAGCGUGGGCAGCAAUGGCGUCAUCAGUGGCCCCAAGGCCACCGUCUGGACUGUGCGCCAUGUGCCCCAGAAUCGUGAUAUUUUCUUAACUGGCGGCGGCACCGGCUCCAUACGUCUCUGGCAAUAUGAAUAUCCCGAUCGACGCGUCAUUGAGGAUGCCGACGGCAACAAAGAGGGCGUCGCCGGCAAACUACAGAUGAUCAGCGCCGUGACCCUAAGCUCCCAGCCGGUGCACAGCUACGACUGGCACCCCGACAAACUAGGCCUAGCCGUCGCUGGUGCCUUCGACCAGAGCGUGCGCGUGCUCAUCACCACAAAAUUGAAUACGCUUUAGAUAGGUUUAGAAAAUAU